AUGGCGACCAUGCAAAAAAGAAAGGGUCAUGCUGGGGUCAGUAAUGACCGACACACAACAUCCUGCAACGACCAUCAAACGUCAUUCUCAAAGCAGCCAACUUCACCCGCAACAGAAGAAGACAGGGAUGACUGGAAAGGAUUUUGUGAAAUCGAAUCGGACCCAGCAUUUUUCGAUGUCAUGCUCCGAAAUUUCGGUGUAAAGGGUGUGAAAGUCUUAGAAGUGUUUGGGUUGGAUGAUGAACUUCUUUCCAUGUUACCAUGCCAACAUAUUUUCAGACAGCCUGUAUACGGUUUGAUAUUCCUCUUCAAAUGGAUCGAAGACGACCCAGAGAGACAAGAGCCUUCUUGUCCUGAAGGAGUGUGGUUUGCAAACCAAACUGUGGGUAAUGCUUGCGCAUCUGUUGCCUUGCUCAACAUCGUAAACAAUGUUCCUGGAAUAGAGCUCGGCGGACCCCUCGAGCAAUUCAAAGCUUUUACAAAGGACUUCACGCCAGCCCUGCGCGGGGACCAGAUUGGAAAUUUCGAGUUUUUGAAGCGGAUACAUAAUUCGUUCGCAAGGAAAAUGGAUAUGUUAAAUUGCGACCUUGCUCUCAAAAACGAGACGCACUCCAAAAAGACGAAGGUCGGAAGGACCAAAUACGACUAUACUUCGGAUGGAAUCGACGUUAGUUAUCACUUCAUUGCAUUCGUACCCAUCGAUGGCAAUCUCUGGAAGCUCGACGGUCUGGAAAGACAGCCUCAAAAUUUAGGGCGGUGCGAUAGCAAAGACUGGCUAUCUCUGGCAAAGCCGCAUAUUGAAUCCCGCAUUAUGGGAUACGAAGGGGAACAGAUUGAAUUCAGCCUCCUUGGUUUGGCCCGAGAUCCUAUGUGCAAUCUGAGAGUCUCACUUGCUGAAAAUGUAAAAGAUUUGCAAGGGCUUCAACAACAGAUGGAUAAGCUGGAACCAGGGUGGAGAGAAGAGCGGUUCCAAAACUUGAAAACCGAAGGUCUUCUCUUGGGACCCGAUAUAGCUUACGGCUUGACACAAGACAACAUUGACAGUGCCGAGCUCUCUGAGGAGAUAAAGGGCUUGCUCCUCGAAGGAGACAUGUCGUCCUUGGAAGAGACUUGGAGCUCCUUAGCACGAGGUCAGACUCACUUACGAGCAAAUAUCGUUGAAGAGGAGCAAUCCACUCGGAGAGAUGACGACCGUGCGGCGAACCGCCGACACGAUUACGGUCCAUUUGUUCAGAAGUGGAUUCAAGUCCUGGCUAGGAAGGGUGUUCUGAGGGAACUCCUGGAAUAG